ACAGGGUUGAAAAGGUGAUAUGUACACAGUAUUUAGCCAUUGAACACAAAUAAUAAAAUAAAAAAUGGAUAUGUCCUGUGAGACGGCCUCGGAAGACCUUGACAAGACCAAAAGGCUUUUGCAUAUACCCUGGAAAUCGAGACUCCACAACUUCCUCAAUAGUCCCUCACCUCACUCAAAGAAGAAAAUGCGCAGACAAUCUGUUAAUGAAGCGAAACAGUGGGGACAAUCCUUAGAGAAACUACUCAAUCAUAAAUGUGGCCAAGUGGCAUUUCGGGUCUUCCUGAAGUCUGAGUUCUGUGAGGAGAAUCUGGAGUUUUGGCUUGCCUGUGAAGAUUUCAAGUCCAUCACCAGUCCAGAGAAGCUUGCCUGGAAAGCUACUAGCAUUUAUGAAGAAUUCAUCCAAAGUGACUCCCCUAUGGAGGUCAACGUCGAUUACCACACAAGAGACACCAUUGCUCAGAGUCUCCACAAGCCAACGCCAUCUUGUUUUGACGGUGCCCAGAGGAAGGUCUGUAGCCUUAUGGAGAACGAUGCGUAUCCUCGGUUCAUUCAGUCUGACUACUACAAGGACCUGUGUGCUGGUGGCAGGGGCUUAGGAAAACAUAGAAGAACUUGAGACUGACUGACUCAGACUCCAAAAAAAUGUACUCUGGCAAUCCAAUUCUCUGCUCUUCUCUUGAAGUGUGCACUUGACUUGAACACUCCCUCACAUGGAAUGGACUUGAACACUCCCUCACAUGGAAUGGACUUGAACACUCCCUCACAUGGAAUGGACUUGAACACUCCCUCACAUGGAAUGGUUCAUCUGAUAAACAACCAACGAAUGCUACUGACUUCAAGUG